AAACUCCUUUCUCCAUCACUUAUCUCAAAUAGAAAGAAAAAAUUGUAUUCUUGAAAAGUCGGUUGAAACAUCAUUACUGGGUGAUUUGCUAUGUUCCAUUGUAAAGGCAAAAGUGAGUAAAGAUGAUGAUGUGGUGAAAUCUAAUGUGUUCGGUGAUUUGGAUAAUACAAAUGCAAAAGAUAAUUGUGAAACUUUAUUCAACUUUAUUAAAACCUUUCCAGACCUAAUGAAAAAAUUAGACCAAGCCCUGACAUCAAAAAGGAUUAUUAAACCUGUUUGUAGGAAGAAAAAAAAUUAGAACAGUUUAUAUAAAACAAAAAAAGUAAAAAGACUGGAAAAACAACAUUAAAGAAAGCAACCAAAAGUGUCAUUGUAAAAACAGAGCCGUUAUAUGACAUGCAUGACAUUACUCUUGAUUUUGAUUUUGACUUUUUCACCAAUUGACAGUGGUGCUGAAUAUGAUUUUGACUAUUUCACCGAUUGACAGUGGUGAUUUCGAUUGUGACAGAUAUGACAACAAGUUUGAUUAUGACUUUUACUGAUUUUAAUUUUUGAUCACGGAGUUACAUGGAUUAACUUUAUUAGUAGCAUUAUUAAUUAAUUUGACAGUAAUAAGAUGGAUUGACCCCAACUUGUUGAUUUGAUUGGUUGAUAUAUUUUCAUUAUGAGGAAACUUGGAUUGAAAAGUAUUACUAGUUUCAUUUUGAUUAUAAAGAAACUUUAAUUGAAAACAUUAUUGGCAAUUUUAUUUUAAUUGUUAUAAAUUAUAAAAGUAAUGUUAUUAUGUUUGUUUUAAAUGGUACAUUAGGUUGUAUGAAAAAAGGGAAGAAAGGGGAUGGUGAACUGUCAAGAAGCAGGAAUAGUACCUAGCUUGUUAAAUUAUUUAACACACAGAGUUAAUGUGAAGAGGAUAUACAUUGCUCGUCAAAUUCACAGUGUCCACUCUGUCAAAGAAUGUCAACAAAUAGAAAAUUUAGGAGUGGUUAAUCAGAACUAAUCUAAUUUUUCAAAAUAUUGGCAAGUUGGACAUAAGAGAGGUGAUUCUGGUUUAAAUGAACUUUGGUUAGCUGUCAUAAAAUUGCUUUAUUCUAUUUUUAAGCAGUUUUCUUAAUUUUUCCCUAAAAGAUAUAAAAAAUUAUAAUUGUUAACCAAAUUUAUUGUUACAAAGCUUUCAAAAAAGUAGAUUGAACUUAUGUCAAGGACAAUAUCAGACUUUUCAAAAUUUUAAUAGAUAACUGCAUUUAGGAUGAAAAAGCCCAAAAAUGCAUCUUAAAGAGCACCUGAGAUAUAAACUGAUGUUGGACCUAUAUUAUAGAGCUUAAAAAGUUGGCUAACAAUGUAUAGGGCACCCAGAAAAUUUUAUUGCAAAUCAAGCAGGUCCUGAGUUUUGGGUUGUUGGAAAAAAAAUUAAGAGGCUUGAAAUCUAUAUUAUAAUACCCAUAUGCGUCUGUCUGUCGCGCAAAAUGGUACCGCAAGUAGCGAGACACGCGCAUUGAAGUAUAAAAAGGUUGGGCGAACCCGUGGAUUUUUCCACGGGCCAUCAAAUAGUAUUUUAUAUAAAUCAAUUCACCUUUAUACUAUCUAUGCAUUGAUAAAGUUUGAAUGUGCAUCCCUUGACAGAUUUAAAAUACUGAUCACGAAAAAUGUAAAAAAUUGCUAAUACUUAAAUAUAAUUAAAAAAUUUAAAAAGACUUGUUAACCACGUCUUUAAGCUCUAUAAUAUAAGUCCAACAUCAUUUUAUACCUCGAGUUCCCUUUAAGUUAAAAAGGCUAUAAGGCACAAACCGUUUUUUAUUACAAAAACUUUCAUUUUUGAUAGUUUUGAGUAUUUCUUAAAAAAAACACUAAAUACCCUAAAAAUUUCAUGUAACUUUUGAAUUAAAUACUUUUGGCCAAGUCGGCAAAUAAAAUCUCACUCUUUAUAUAUAAAAUGUAGUAACAUGGUUACAUUUUGCUCCUUAAAAUUAAACGAACACUUUUAGGGCCUAUUUUUCUGAGUAAAAAGACAUCUUAUACUGUAAAUUUUUCAAGGGAAUAUUUUCUGUCCAGUUGCUAGAGAAAUAAAAUCUUGACAUCAUAGUAUUUUUUAAUACUUGUAAAAGUUUAUGAAUUUUGUUUGUUUUUUUAGUUUAUUUGAAACUUGAAACAGUGAAAAGUAUUACAGGAUGUCAAUGAAUUUUCGGUUUUCACGUAAUAUUAAACUCAAUAAUGUGUAAAGUAUUAUAGGGUGGAAUAGGAUGGAAAGCUCUGGCGAUAUAUCUCAACUCAAGAAACAAUAUGAAUGUGCAAUUUGUCUCGAACAACUUUAUAAACCAAAAACACUUAAUUGUCACCAUUCUUUUUGUAAAGAUUGUUUGGACGAAAUAGUUACCUUUCGUCAUGAUGGAAGCGCUUCUAUUUCUUGCCCAAUGAAAUGCAACGUGACAACUAAAAUUGCAUGGAAUGAAACAACAUAUGCAUUAGCAGCCAACUACCAUGUUCAGGGAACAUUGGACAUCAUGUGUAACACAGUAAAGAAUAAAAGUCUUGCACCAGUUUGUCAAGCACUUCCACAAUGUGUUAAUAGUGUUUCGAAAUGGUGUUUAACCUGUCAUGAAUAUUUUUGCAAAUUUUGCCUUACACAGCAUUUCAAAGAACAUGAUGAAGUACAGGGUGCGGUAGAUGUUGAGUAUAAUUCCAAACAAGGAAGGUUGGAACCACUUUGUGAUGAACAUCAAACCGUGGCCAAAUUUGUAUGUCGAGAAUGUAAAAUGAAGUUUGUCUGUUUGUAUUGUAAACAAAGAAAUCAUAAAACUCAUUUCCUUGAAAAAAUCGAAGAAUGUUCUAAAAAAAUUAGAAAAUGGAUAGAUGAGCAAAAAGAAAUGUUUACACAGAAAUGUAUUGAGCUGGGCAGUAAAGAAUAUGCUUCUGCGUGUAAACAGAUGGAGUUUUUUAAAUCUGAUUUUGUAAAAGAAAUAAAAAACAGAAAAGUAAAACGAGUUAAUACAUUUAUGUCAUUGUUGUGCAACGAAGAAAAAAAGCUACUUGGAACGUUCCACAAUAUGGUAGAGACGUUUAAAAGAGAAGUGGGAAAUGAUGAUGAAUGGAAACUGGAAAAAUACAUUGGUGGUGUCAAUGAAAAAGCAGACUUUGAACUAAUUGCUGAAAAAAGUGCCGUCCAGCAAGAAAUUUUUAAGAUCUGCAAGAAUAUCCAAGAAAAAUCAUUAUCAAGAUUUUUUGUUAAUUUUAAGGAACUAACUGACGAAGGUAAUACAGAUGCACCAUUAGGAGAAUUGUCAGUGGACCAUAACAAAGACCAGGUUUGUGUAGAUGUUAAAAAUCCACUGUUUUGGGGUUUAUUAAAAGCCACUAACAUGUCUGGUGUCGCAGAAAGUUUCAUUGCUGAUAUUGAGGAGCAAUUGGCUCAUUCAAAAGAAUUGCUUGGAACUACAAAGCCAACCACUUCUCACUGUGAGAAUUCUACCCAGCAGGAUGUGAAGGAAACUGUCAAAAUUUGUAUGGAGGAUUUUUCUUCUCAAUUUCCUGAAAACUCAGUCACACAGGAGGAAAAAGAAGUUGAUGAAAUUGCUGAAAAAAGAGGUACAAUGUUUCACCCAAAAAAGAUUGACGAUCUUAAAGUUGGAAUGCAGGCCAGCAUUAAGAGAGAAGGAAAACAUCCUUUGGGUGUCAUAAAGUGGAUUGGUAAAUUUCCACAUAGCUCUACUGUUCAGAUUGGCAUUGAGUUGGAUGACAAAUUGGGAAAACAUGAUGGAUCAUAUCAAGGUAAACAGUACUUCAAGUGUAAACCUGGCCAUGGCGUGUUUGUGUCAUUUCACCAAAUACUGAUAGUUUUAGGUUGAAAGCGUUCAAAGAAAUAUGAAAAAGACUUGUGUUUUAAUUAUACUGAAGGCUAUCUAGAAUUUAAAGAAUAUUUUCGCAUAUUUUAACGAAAAAGUGAUGGAAACAUUUUAGUUGUUAAUUUAUAUUGGCUUUCUGUUUAUUCUUCUUUUUUAAAUAUGUUUAUAAAUACGGUUUACGAGAAUAUGGGGUUACAACACAAAGCUAUGUUUUUAUAUGAUGCUUCCUAAUGCAGGAUUUCAAAUUACACAUUAAUGUUUCGGAAAAUUUUCUUAUUUUUAAAAAUGAAAUGUAUUUUUUGUUAUGUUUCUUAAAACAUGUAAAUUUAUGAUUUCUAAUCUGUAUUUGAAAAAUAAAUCUUUUUUUUACCAAUGAUAUUAAACAUGAACUGAUUUAUCAAAUAUUUUUGCUGUAAGAGUUGGGAAUUAUUAUAAUUUAUAUUUAUUAUUAUAAUUUUACGUCUUUGAUUUUUAGUAACUCAUACAAAUGUGUGUUAACUUGAACUCUUUAGCCUCCUGUUCGUCCUUUUUCUCAUUAUAUUUUUUACUUGCGAAAACUUAAAAAAUUGGCCUUUCUCCCUAACUAGUAUUUCUCUUUUUUAUUCUUAAAUUAACAAAUUGUUUAAAAAAAAAACAAAUUAUGUUUCUUGGUUAUUCUAAAAUUUGAGUUUCAGAAGUGUGUUUAAUGUGAAGAGUUUUCCAUUUAAAUCAUUUGAAGGUGUUUUUAAGAAGAAUUGUAUGGCAUUAUUCUCUUUUUUUUUUAAAUUUAAAUUAUAUGUAGA